AUGAUUCCCAAGGAAGGUGGCUUUCCGGCUUUAGAAGGUUACUGGGAGCCACUGUGCCUGGGGAAUAAGAAUUUACAAUGUGGAGAAGACAGGCGACUGGAGAUGCCAGGAUGUGUAGACACACUCCUUGGGAUGGCAAGAUGGCCAACUGAAGAUAAUAAUUCUUUGCAGACUAAUCUUCUGCUGGGUAGUGAGAAACCAAUCCAUCUAGUCAGCAAAAUUUCGUCUUCAAGCCAAGGGAUCCCCAAACAAGCACAGUCCAACGCUUUUAUUGCACAUGAAAAUUCCAGUGAUUCAGAAGAAGAAGACCGGAGUACCAGCAGCAUAGAAAAUCAGGCUCCCCCAAACUCUCACAGGGUGCCAGAUUCCAAGUCACAUCCACCGCACAUCAAAAUAGAUAUCAUCAGGAAAGUGCAAGCCAAAAAUACGCAGCGCUAUAAAGUGGAAUAUGAUUCACAGAGUACGGAUACACUGAACUUCUCUUCUGAAUCCAAACAAGAGACUGAAUACGGUCCCUGUCGCAGAGAAAUGGAAGACACUUUAAACCACCUAAAGAUCCUGAAUGUCUUGAGUCCCAGGGGUUUUCAUAUUCCAAAUUGUGACAAGAAGGGGUUCUACAAGAAAAAGCAAUGUCGCCCAUCAAAAGGCCGAAAGAGAGGUUACUGCUGGUGCGUGGAUAAAUACGGACAGCCGCUUCCUGGGUAUGAUGGGAAGGGGAAAGGAGAUGUCCACUGCUAUAACUUGGAAAGCAAAUGA